UCAGCUCUCAACAGACACACCAACGCGACACGACAGCUCCAACGACAAUAACGACAAUGACCUGAACGAAGCUCAAUCUCAAUCUCAAUCUCACCCCCCUAAUCUACACACCCACCCAUCCAACCAAUCCCCCGCCUAAACCAUGUCUUCAUCCCUCGUCUCCUCCGCGCCCACGAUCGCGCCGCCUCCCCUCCCCUCAAACCCCAUCACCGCCUCGCCGACAGCCCGCACGAAGCGGCUCUCCAAAGCCUCUCGCGCGCCCAAUGCGCGACCUCUCGAGCCCAACGUCAUCGAGGUCGGGUUCGGGAACCUGCUCGUGAGGCCGUGGUACCCGUCGUUCUACCCGGAGGAGCUGGUGGGCCGCUCGGUGGACAGGCUGUACGUGUGCCAGUGGUGCUUCAAGUACAGCAAGGUGCUGAUGCCGUUCCUGGGCCACCUCAAGGUGUGCGAGUGCAUGGCGAAUCCGCCCGGCGAGAAGGUGUACGAGCAGGGGGGUUAUAGUCUGUGGGAGGUGGAUGGCGAGGAGUGCAAGUUGUACGCACAAAACCUCUCGCUGUUCGCGAAGCUCUUCCUAGACACCAAAUCCGUCUUCUACGACGUCACGACGUUCCUAUACUACGUCCUCGUCGCGCAUGACCCAUCGCCAUCCAUCACCCUCCCCGAAGGCCUACAGCACACGACGGUACCUCCAGCGACGACACAGGAAGACGGAGCACCACCAGCACCUAGCACAAGCGCGAGCGCACCCCCGAGGCCACCACACCAAGUCGUCGGCUUCUUCAGCAAGGAGAAGAUGAGCUGGGACAACAACAACCUCGCCUGCAUCCUCGUGUUCCCCCCGUGGCAGAAGCAAGGUCUAGGCCAGAUCCUCAUGGGCGCAAGCUACGAGAUGAGCAAGCGGGAAGGCAGGCUCGGCGGACCCGAGAAACCGCUCUCUGAACUCGGUCGUCGCGCCUACGUGCACUAUUGGUCGCAGACGCUGGCGCGCGCGAUCCUCGCUGCGCCUGCGAAGUCGAGACUCACGGUCGCGGCGCUGCGCGAUGAGACGUUCAUUGUUGCCGAGGAUAUUAUCGCGACGCUGCAGGCCAUGGACGUGCUGGAGCACCGGAGCCGCGGCGGGGCGGACGCGCUGAUCAACAAGGCGAGGGUCAGGGAGUGGGUGGAGAGGUAUGGUGUCGAUUUGAGGUGUCCUGUCGAUCCUGAGGGGUUUCUUAAGGAGUAUGGGGACGAAGAUGAUGACGAUGAAGGUGGUAGUGAGGAGGACGAGGAGGAUCAGGGGGAGGAGUGAUGGGCGUAUGUCAAGUUUUUGUGUGUUUUCUUGGGGAGUCCUGGAGCAAUAUACCCACCAACUGCGGUCGAUUGUUGGAUUGAACUGAAUCUAAUUUCUUUGCAUUUACGUUUUUCUCGAUGAUAAUGUCAUAUUAUAGUGCUCUCUCUUCUGAGUCGUGCCAGAAAAAUAAUUGCGG